AUGAGGAAAUGCAAGCUAGAGUGGAUUUCUAGGAGCACAAAGAAAGUGAAGCCCAGUAAUAGGGAACGGGCACCUGCAGGUGGUCAAAUUUCAGGGGUGAAGUUGCAUACGCGAGGAAGAUCUAAAAGCAUGUGGUGGAAGAAGAUAGUGAGGAAGUCUAAGCAGUUGAAGAAAACGGAAGAUUCUUGA